GGGGGCCGAGCGCGUGUGAUUGACAGCUCCGUCAACCAAUGAGCGAGCUCUCCGCCCAGCCGGCUGCACACUGACUAGUGGAGUGGACUCCAUAGUGCGGCGCCGACUCCGCACUGGGAUGUCUCACACGGAGGAUCGGCGCUAUGUGGAGCUUUGUCAGGAUUCAGUCCGUCUGACUGCAGAAAGUGUGGGUCUAGAGAUCACCGAUGAGGUGGCCGCUCUGCUGGCUGAGGAUGCGUGUUACCGGCUACGGGAAAUCACACAGUUCAGUGCGCAGUCACUCAGACACUCUCGGAGGCGAAGACUCACUGUGGAGGACUUUAACCGAGCACUGCGCUGGAGCAAUGUUGAGCCAAUAUAUGGCCAUGGAUCUCCAGACCCAGUCUCGUUCCGCAGUGUGAGAGAUGGUGACUGCCACUGCGCUGAGGAUCGUGAUGUAAACUUGGUGGAGCUGGCAUUAGCCACAAACAUUCCCAAGGGAACUGCAGAGACCGCUGUAAGAGUUCAUGUAUCUUAUCUCGACAGUAAAGGAAACCUGGAGCCACAGGGGACAGUUCCUGCUGCAGUCUCAAUGCUAACAGAUGACCUGUUGAAAUAUUAUCAGCGUGUGACCAGAGCCGUGCUAGGAGACGAUCUGCAUCUUAUGAAGGUGGCCCUUCAAGAUUUACAGACAAACUCGAAGAUUGCCGCCUUAUUACCCUAUUUUGUGUAUGUUGUGAGUGGGGUCAAGUCUGUGAGUCAUGAUCUGGAGCAGCUGAGCCGUCUCCUGCAGUUAGUCCGGUCUCUCCUGUCCAAUCCCUAUUUGUAUUUGGGUAGUUACGGAUGCAGCCUCAUGCAGAGCGUAUUAUACUGUGUCACAGAGCCACUUGCCGCCUCCAUAAACCCCCUCAAUGAUCACUGGACGUUGCGAGACUAUGGAGCAGGAUUACUGAGUUGCAUAUGGACACAUCGGGAUUUGGAAGGCUCACUGUAUACACAGGUUUUGCAGUCUCUGCAGAAAGUUUUGGGAGACCCUGUCCGCCCUCUCUGCUCCCAUUAUGGUGCUGUGGUUGGUCUCCAUGCCUUAGGCUGGAAGGCAGUGGAGCAGGUGCUGUAUCCUUUGCUCCCAACUUACUGGUCUGGACUGCAGACAGUGCUAGAUGAUCACUCCAUGUCCAAUGCACAAGUCAAGGCAGAUGGUCAUAAGGUCUAUGGAGCCAUCUUGGUUGCUGUGGAACGUCUCCUGAAAAUGAAAGCCAAAUAUUGUGAUAAAGACGCCGGUCCCUCACCCCAUGAUUCUUAUUCCACGCUCCCUCCUGCUCCCACUGUGUCGUUGCUGGAGAUGUACAAUGAGCUCUAUUGCUUUUUUGGAGACAGCUUAGCGGUUCGUUUUGGGACGGGAGGAACGCAAUCACAACCGGGAACAACUAACAGAUGUCAACAGGAGCCAAAAAAGGAAAGUCCUGUGGACGGGGCAAGGAAAAUGCCACAGCUGACAGCCCACGGAGAGGAAGAAGUGCCCAACUCUGGCAGACAACCCCAGCGACCUCCUCAGAUUUCUCUGGCAUCCUCCUCACGUCCUCGUGGAUCUGCGCGGCCGAGGGGGCAGGGGGUAAGAGAAGCUUUCCAAAAGAGCCGACUCACACCGCGAGGAUCUCCCCGCUUUACCUUCCUUAUUGGAGGUAGACAAGCGGGUCGUGGCGGUAAUGGACGGAAGUUUCAAAGCGUGUUCCAGCUCCACACUGGUCCGACAGCCACGGCUAGUCGCUAUGCCCAAAAACUGCCAAUGAUUGGAAGAAUGACAAAGCCGGGACGCAGAGGUGCCCAGGCCGAACUAUCCCUCUACUUACCAUUAUGAUGGACUUGACACAAGUAACAUGGACCUUUGUGUUCAACACUGAACUAAAAUACUAGAUACAAGAACCGCGUGAGCCCGGUGCACAAGUAUGCCUCUGUAUGUGGCUUAAAGGGGUACUCUGGAGAGAAAAAUGUUAAAAGUUAAAGGCGUACUCAACUGCCCCAGCGUUAGAAAUGUUUGUUUCAACUACUGUGUGCGGGCUCUGACAUC